CUCUCUUCUCUUGCUUUCCCCAUACAACAAGAUAUAUAUAAAAACUAUAUAUCUUGCUUAAUUAUAGAGAUGGAUUUUGUGAAGAAAUGUAAGAAAGUAUGGGGAAGCAACAAGAGAUUAUAUGAUCAUCAAGAAAGUAGUACUAGUGGAAGCUAUGGAAAAUUAUCAGAAAAGAGCCGUAAAAAGGAUAUUACUAGUAAGAAAUUAGCACCAAAUGGUUGUAUUUGUGUCUAUGUUGGACCUGAGAGACAGAGAUUUGUGAUCAAGAUUAAAAUAUUCAAUCAUCCUUUGUUCAAAACAUUUUUAGAAGAUGUUGAGAAUGAAUAUGGUUAUACAAAUGAUGGUCCUUUAUGGCUUCCUUGUCAUGUUGACUUGUUUUGUGAGGCAUUGAUGGAGAUGGAGAGUGAUGAGAAUGUGGGUUGCAAUUUUCAAAAGAGUCAUAAACACAACUCUGUUUCACCUUCUUCAUUGUCUUGUCGUUCUAAUAACAUGAGUUGUAGUGAUGUUAAUUACCAGCUUUUGGUAUAAAGUUACGAGGUUUUGUAGAUAUAUAAAGGUCAUGCAUAGUAAUGUUGUGUCGUCUAUGUCGA